CAUUGCAAUUGAAGAUGGUGGUGAUUGAACAUGCAACUAUCAACGGCACACAGUGACUCCCAAGUAGUGCUUUAUAGUCAAUUCAACAUAAGGCUAAUUUUAGUGGGCUAAUUUCAUGUGAUUAAUAAAUAAAUAUAACUAAAAAGUUUAAGUAAAUGAAAAUUUGGGUUCGAGAAUCACGUCAGAAUACAACAAAUGAAGGAUCUGAGCCGCAAUUACUAGAGCUGGACACAGUGGCCAACAGGGUUUUGUUUUUUGUUUCUCAGUGCAUUAUAGUUGUUAGGCAAAAGCUGUUUGAUGGAGGUGAUUUUACAGGAAAAGGACGCAGGUAAGUGGGUUUACCGGGGCGAAGGAGCUGCUAACCUUGUUCUCGCAUACACCGGAUCGUUUCCUACGUUUAUUGGGAAAGUGAUGCGCAUUCGUAAGGCUCCGAGGAGUGGCGCUGAGGCCAUGACUAUGAGGAGCCCCUCUGCCUUGACUGCGCAGGAACGCCUGCUUUGGAAAGACGUUGAUGAACUCAUUUCAUCGCCGGACAAUGACAUUGCAAGCCAACAAUUUGUCCACCACGUUAUGAAGCCAUUGCUUGGUUCCAAAUUUGUCGAUGCCGGGAUGCUUGUGGGGGUGACGAGGGAAUUUCUUGAAUCGAUUGAAAAGAAUGUUAUCUAUCAACGUCCUGCUUGGAGAGUUGAUAAUGCACUGGUCGACAUGCAUCGAGAUUCUGUGCUUCUCUUGUCUGAUCAUUCACUCUUCACUCAUGGUAAUCUAGGAUCGAGCCCCUGCAUAUCUGUUGAGAUCAAGCCCAAAUGGGGAUUUCUUCCUCUUUCAAGAUACAUAUCUGAAGAAACUGCUGUCAAAAGGACCAUAACUCGCUUUCAAAUGCACCAAGUUCUAAAAUUGCAGCAAGGAGAGAUAUCUUUGCUAAGUGAAUACAAUCCACUUGAUUUAUUCUCUGGAUCAAAGGAAAGAACUUUUAAAGCUAUCAAUGAUCUCUUCACUUCACCUCAAAACAAUUUACGUGUAUUUAUGAACGGUUCUCUCAUAUUUGGUGGUCUGGGAGGUGGUGCCGAAAAUACUAACAUUUGUAUUGCUAAAGCAUUUGAAGAUGCACUUAAGUCUGUCAUUCGAUCUGACGAAGGUCUGCGUACAGAGAACUUGCUUACUCUUGUUACUGAGGCUGUGCAAAAAUCAGGAGUCAUUGAUCGGCUUCUGGAGGUUCAGAAGCUUGAUAGUGUUGACAUAGAAGGAGCCAUCCAUGCAUAUUAUGAUGUUACUCAUCAGCAGUGUAUGGUAUGUAGACAAUUGAGUGCAGAACAACGGAAAAGGUAUACCUCUUUACAUUCGGCUUCGUUGGAUGAAAGCUUGAGAAUUGUAAAGGACUUUCUAAUAGCAGCAACUGCAAAAGACUGCAGCUUUAUGAUAUGUUUUAGACCAAGGAAAGAGGGGGAUUCUGGAUCUGUAUGCAAUAACGUGUAUCUUCAGUCAACUAAGCAAACCUUUGACUUCAAGUACUCAGAAAGUCUAUGUUAUAGACGGUGGCUUCAGCUCAGUUCUGGUUUUUCCUUUGGUCAGCCUAGUUUGGACGUGGCCUGACUGAUGAUCUCUGUGUGUCUACAUUGAGCUCACAAGCCAUUUCAAGAAAUCUAGCGUCAGUAGAACUGCUCCGUUCAAGGUGCAGGCAAAAGCAACUUGUAAAACCACGACUACGGCCUCAACUUGUACGGAAUCAUGGUGACUAUGACUGAAGAACCCAAUUCAAUGAAGAUCAUCAUGGUCCGAAGAUUAUCAGGAUUUGAGUACAAGCGUUCUCAGGUAAAAGAUGAUGGAUGAGAUAAACGUUGGUUUCAUGUCAGAGAUGCGAUGUAAUGUAGUUAAUGUUUCAUUAUGUAAUUAACUCAAGUCUAAUCGGUGUUGUACCAUUAUGAAUCUUUCUGCCAAGCAAAAUAAUAUUUAUGUUCGUUCA